AUAUUAGGGAAAGGAGAAGCAGUCAAUUAUGUUUUCCCUUCGAAGCAAUGUGCUGCUGAGAAAGUUGGAGGUUCAUUAUUGAAAAUGUGAAGAUUCUCUUGCUUUCAAGUCAAAGAAAUGGAAAGAAAAAGAUUUAGCCUUAAAUCAAAGGAAGUCGACAUGGAGUGGACACAGCUCAUGCAUAUAUUCUUCUUCUACUCAGCUAAGUUAUAUUUAUUUGAGUAAAACUUGGAGCAUAGUUGAGCGGCAUCUUUGCAUGUUGCAGAAGGAAAGUAGCAAAUGCCUAACCGACUAGAUCACCAUGGGCCGGUUCUCUCGGCUGACGGGAAGCCGAGACUCAAAUGGACUAGAGAGCUUCACGAACAGUUUGUUGAUGCUGUCUCCGAGCUUGGAGGAGCAGAGAAAGCAACACCCAAGUUGUUGAUGCGGCUGAUGGCAGUACCAGGACUCACUCUCUAUCAUCUGAAGAGCCACCUUCAGAAAUACAGACUCGCAAAGAAUCGGGAUCCGAGCACUCUAACUAAUGAUAAGAAAACAAAAGAUGACGAGUUGAAGAACAGAAAUGAUAAAACCCAACCUCAAUUGAAUGAAGCCAUCUUGCAGCAGAUACAAAUAGAUGUUCAUAGAAAAUUGCAAGAACAGAUUGAGGUUCAGAAGCACCUUCAACUGAGGAUAGAAGCACAGGGAAAGUAUUUGCAGUCUGUGUUGAAAAUAGCACAAGAAACACUAGCAGGUUACAGCUCAACUUUAGGUACCGAAGCUGCAAGAAGUGAGCUUUCAGAGCUAGUUUCAGUAGUUGAAACUGAGUGCUUGAGCUCAUCUCUCAACCAUGGCGGCCUCAUUUCCAAAGGAAACCAGAAUGCUGAUUCCUCCAUGGAUAGUUGCUUGACUUCAGAGCUAUUUGAGCUGAGAGAAAAGUAUGCUGGCCAGCACAAGCUUGAGGCCAGCUCUUGUUCCAAUCCAGUUAACGGCAGAACAGCUGAAACGCGAGGAGAAAUAGAGGAAUUUGAUCUGAACAAUUAGUGAUUGAAAUACAAACAACUUAUUAUUGCUUUUAAGCAAUCUGUGAGCUGAAAUAUAUGAACUUUCUGACUUCUAAGGCUUUAUCUUUGAUUGUCUCAGCAGAUUCCAUUACUGCUAUGCUUGAUGGCAGAGUGAACUGAAUUUCUUAUAUAUUUUCAUAAGCUGGGUAAUAAAGAAUAGUGUUCAGAAUGUAUUCAAAUAUAAUAUAGAGUUGGAUGCCAUCUGUAUGAU